AUGAGAGGUAAUGGUACGAUAUUUGCCGCCUCAACAGUUCACUUGGACCAUAUUACUACAGCACUCAGCUGCCUCACGCCGUUUGGUACGAAAGAGGAGAUAGUCAUAUUCAUCGAUGCUGAUGGACUAUCGUUCGUCAGAGAGCUCAACCAUGUAAUGCGAAUCCAACUAUUCCUAUCAAGGGAGCUUUUCAUGUCCUACACCUACGAGGGACCAACAGAUGAGCAAACCAAAGUCUGUGUCAAGAUUAAUCACCUGCUUGAUAGCUUCAGUGUAGCGAAUCGAAACAUUGAUGACGUUGUGGAAUGCACCAUGUCGUAUGAUGGAUAUGGAUCGCCCUUUUUACUUAUAUUUGAAGACUCUACGAUAUCCGAACGGGCAGAAUAUUCCACAUAUGUUACGCAUGGUAUCGAUGAGAAGGGACUUGAAUUGGACAGGGAUAAAGUCAAAUUCGAAUGUAUCAUCAAGGGUGAUGUUCUCUAUGCAGCAAUGUGCGAUUUAAAGGAAACUGGAUGUAAAGAAUGCUAUCUGUAUGUUAAAAGUGAUGAAGAUGGAGAUCAUACAUUUGCCAUUGUCUCAAGAUCAGGCUUAGGUUUAUCCAAGAUCAAAUUACCAAGUACCAAAUCGAUAUUAGAGAAAUUGGAAGUAUACGGUACCGAUUACGAAACUCUAGUGCAUGGGAAGCCUGUUGUGGCAAACUUCGAUUUCAAUUUGUUCGACAAGAUUCGUAUGAGCGUUAGAAUAGCAAGUAAAGUCCUAUUCAGAAUGGAUUCUUAUGGAAAUCUCAGUGUAAACAUUCUCAGUCAAACGGGAGAUGUCAUUGUAACCGAUACAAGAGCCAUGGCAAAUCGCUCCAGGAGCUUUGGUAACAGGCAGGUGCAACUUCCUAGAGAUUAUCCCGGAAUUGUGGUAGAAGUGAAUUUAAUUGAGAAAGAUCAUUACGACGAGGCAUCUGCGAGAGAAUUAGAGAGCCUCAUGGAGACUAAUGAGUUGGGAGAACCUAAGAGGACCAGUAGGAAGCGUCCUAGAGAGGAUGUAGAUAUACGACAGCCUACGAGUGAUAGUGACAUGGCAUCACAUGUUGACAUGCAAGAAUCCAAUGGGAAGAAUAAGUCACCAUCUUCAACUAACGAGUUACCACUUUUUUUUAAUAGAAAGACAAAUUGCAUUCCUCAUAUUAUGUAA